AUGGUGAAAAAGUUACAACAUUACCCACUAGAACUAGUCAUUGCCAUACUCGAAUUCGUUCCGUCUCGUGAUCUAUGUCGUUUUCUUUCUUUGUCAAAAGAACUCGAAUAUGAAAUACACAAGAUAUUGAUUGAACGUGUCCAUCAGAAGUUUGUGUCCGGACAAAACUGUUUAUUGGCUACUAUCGAACCGUUAGACAUGCAUGGCCCUGGGCCUACGCAUAUCUUUGAUUUAGUUUUACUGGAUACAGACGUUAGCUCACUUGACGCCCGGUUCAAGAUCAAUGAUGCUUCAUUUACCUCGUCUUCGAAUAAAAGGCGUGCUAAAUCAUCGUCAUCAUCAUCCACAAUAUUAACUAGUAAAAUCAAACAGCUACAACCACCAUUGCCCGCUUCAAAAAUAAUAGGUCGAAAAUUAACCGGAACUGAACGUUGGGAAACGAUUCUACAGAAUGCGUGCAUCAAUCUUGAAUCUACGUGGCGACCAUUUCUUGAUCCCUCUCAGUUAAUAAAAAAUGUCACGGUGCAUGUAUUUUCCCCAUUCGAUGUCGAUCACGAAACGAUUUAUGUCACUAAUGGCAAAGUAACUUUUACGGUUGAUGUCGAAACUAUUGGCUGGUGGGAAAGAAAAAUAGAUACGUGCGCCACGAUUGUCAUGAGUAAUUCUUUGAGGGAGUUUGGCGAUCUUGAAAGCUUCUUGGUGACUGCUUUUGUUGAAGAAGUGUUGAUAAAAGCUGGCAUUUUAUUAACAGCUAUUGAAGAGAGGUGGAAGGAUGAUGUGGCGAGUGUGGUGAUUGAAAAGAAUGAGGAAUCAGUUUAG